UUAUUGUGGCGAACGUCGUGGUUUCUUCUCUUGAAUGGUCCCUGGCAGAAAAAGAGACAAUGACAUCGAUGAUCGCGACAGAGUAGCGUAUUAAUUACGCGGCGGAUCACGUGAGAGAAUAGUAAAGGUUACAGCCGAAAAGAAUGGUUCUUGAGUCGGUGAUCGUCGACGUUUUGAACAAAUUCCUCGGCGAGUAUGUCGAAAGUGUCGAUAGAAAGCAGCUGAAAGUUGCUUUUGGUGGUGACAUUGCCUUGGACGACUUGGUUCUAAAGCAAAAUGCACUUGAUGAGUUGGACUUGCCAGUCAAAACAGUUUAUGGAAGAUUGGGAAAAUUGGUUUUGACUAUUCCAUGGACCAAUCUUUACAAAGCGCCAUGGAUUGUCAGAAUCGAAAGAGUAUUUUUGCUGUCGGUGCCAAAUGAAGAGGUCCGAUAUGAUCCUGAAAAGGAAGAUCGUCUGGCCCAAGAGGCCAAGCAGAAGGAAAUUGCAAGAGUUGAAGAGGCCAAGAAAUUUGAAGACUUGAAAGGAAGCACAAAGAAAGAGGAUGCAGGUUUUGUUGAGAACCUGGUGGCACACAUCAUCAAGAAUGUGCAAGUGACAAUAAAAGACAUCCAUCUGCGAUACGAGGACAGGGUCACCCAUCCGGGCUCCCCUUUUUCGUUGGGAGUCACCUUGAGCAGCCUAAAGCUUAUGUCGACUGACGGUUCUGGAAAACCUGUUGAUGCCAAGCAGAUUUUAAGCAUUUUUCACAAAGUUCUGGAAAUGGAAGGGUUAGCUUUUUAUUGGAAUCCUCAGUCUCCUCUCUACUCUAGUUACGAAGAAAUUGCUCGAUUGCAAAAGUUUCAGGAGGAAAUUGCUUCAAAGCAUAAAGUGCCCUCGGGGUAUAACUACAUGUUCGGUCCCAUCUCGGCAACAGCACAGCUGCAAUUAAAUCCAAAGCCCGAGACAGAUGGAUCAGGCUUUAUGAUUCCAAAAGUUCUUCUAGACAUGAACAUGAAUGUUCUUUCCAUUGGCAUUUCUAAAAUGCAGUAUAGAGAUUUAGUCAAGUUCCUCGAGUCAAUGGACAGAAUGGCCAGAGCAGCUCCUUACCGGAAAUACCGGCCUUUCAUUAACAACUACAGGGGAAACUACAAGGCAUGGUGGAACUUUGCCUAUGAUUGCAUUCUGGAGACAGAAAUCAGGAGAAAACGAAAGAACUGGGACUGGAAUCACAUUAAGAGACACAGAGAUCGUUGCAGGAGAUAUGAGAAAGCUUUCAAAGAAAAGCUCGAGGCUAAAAAACCUAGUGAUGAGCUAUUGAAAGAAAUUGCUGAGCUUGAGAAGAAGAUUGAUGUUUUCAACAUCAUUGUGUUGAGAAAAAGGGCUGAGGUGCAGGUCCAAAAAACCAGGAAACUUGAGGAGGAAAACAAGAAAAAUGCUGGUUGGUUUGGUGGCUGGUUUGGAGGUGGCUCAAGUGCAGACAAGAAUUCCGGAUCAGAUAUUGCUACGAAAAUUGAUGCUGCCAUGACAAAAGAGGAGAAACAAAAGUUGUAUCAGGCAAUUGGUUAUCAAGAGAACGCAGCCCCAACACAGUAUCCCCAUUUCUAUGUGGCUGUGAAAACUUCCUUCACUCUAGGAUCUCUGCAAGUCACAGUCAACGAUGAAGACAUGACUGAUAGUGAGGUUGUUAAACUGGUCAUUUCAGGUGUCAAGUGCAACCUAGAGCAAAGGCCAUCUGCUCUUGCCACAAAGGUGGAAAUGAAAAUGCAAAAUUUGAAAAUAACCGGUACUUCUCAAAAUGGACAAGAGCCUCUUCUGGCUUAUUCCUUGGUUUCGGCAACUCUCGGCAGACCAAGCCUGCUCAAUAUCUUAUUUGAGACAAAUCCCAUGGACAGGCUGUGUGACCAACGCUUGCGAAUUACUGCUCAGCCACUGGAAAUGAUUUACGAAGCUGAAACUAUUAUUCGAAUUACUGAAGUUUUUAAGCCUCCAGAAAAGCCAUCAUUAAAACAGCUACAAGCCAUGGCUGUUUCUAAACUGGAGGACAUUCAAGAUCGAUCAGCCACUCUCCUACAACAUGCAAUCCACCAACAAAAGGUGCUAGAUUUGGACAUCAAAGUUGCUGCUUCAAGAAUGAUUUUGCCACAGUUGGGAAAGAUCAAUGUGUCAUCUCCUGUGCCAGUUCUUGUCGUAAGCCUUGGAAGUUUGUCCAUCGCAUCUUGUGCUAGAGACAAAGGCCGCCCCAACAUCACCAACAUGCUUCAAGCAGGCAGUUCCGAGCAAGAGGUGAUGCAAGAAAUGAUUGCACAGAGCUACGAGAAAUUUUCUCUCCAGCUGAAAGAUGUCCAGGUGCUAGUAGCUAAGCCAGGAGAAGAUUGGGAGGAAAAAUUAGCCAAUCCAUCUGAAUCGCAACUACACUUGGUGCAGCCAAUGAGCAUUGACAUCAACCUCCAUCGAAGCUUGCUGUUUAACGACCCUAGGAUUCCGCAGUUUAAAGUUGCAGGUCAACUACCAUCUCUGUUUCUUAAUCUGUCGGAAGAGCGUCUUUUGCUCACUGCUGGAAUUUUGGUCAGCGUCCCAUUCCCAGAGUCUGAACCGGAGCCACAACAGCCUUUGACUGAAGGAAGGUCACUGAGCAAAAGCAUCAUGACACUCACCCAAAUGGGUCUGGUGGACAAACGAAAGGCAGGUGCAAAUCAAGAAGGCCUUGAUCUUGUAGUCAGUUCUGUCAAGAUGGAAAUAUGGUUUGAAAUGAAAGAGUUGAGAGUCGUAAUCACUCGGAAAGACGCUGGUGCUAAUACAAAACUUGUUGAUUUCUCACUAAUGGCUGUUGAAAUGGAAAUGAUUCAGCGGCCGUUUGACAUGAAUCUUGUUUUGCGCCUUGGUGGUGUUGCGAUGGACCAAACUAUCAACGGAAAAACAAGAAAAACUAUCACCACACCAAUGUCUGAUGGAAAAGCUGACUAUCUGUUCACUACUCGGCUGUUAAUUGUCAACAGAAAAUCACCCGAAUUUUCUACUGUCCAUCACAAUGUGGAGAAAUUGCUUGAAGUAACAUUCACCUCGCUUGACCUGGCUCUGCAUCAAACCGGAAUUCUCCAGCUAAUGGAGUUUUCACAAAGUCUUCAGGACAAAAUUUCUUCUCUCAAGCCUGCACCUCGUCAGCCAAAGGACAGAUACGCCUCCACCUUGGACCCCGCGGAUCGCCUUUUGGCAACGAUCGUGGAAGAGGACAGUUCAAUGACCCUUAAACCUGUUGUCUCAGACAAAAAGCCGAGCAAGAAGAUCAUCAUGCUGAAGCUGGUGGCAAGGCUGGAAAACCUGAGCGUCAGUUUGUCUAACGCAGAACGAGAUCUGACGCAGUUUUCACUUCGAGGCGUCAGAGUUGAUAUUAAAAUGCUGCAAGGCCAAAUUGAAAUCGAUUCAGCUUUGAGGACAAUGCUGGUCACAGACAGCAACCCAGACACCGUAUAUCAGAAGAUCCUCGAGUCUGAGGGAACCGAGGCUCUUGCAGCCAAAAUCAUCAUGUACGAGAAGCCAGCUGAAGGACAGCCGUCUAUGGCUGUUCAGGCAAACAUGGCGAGAUUGAGAAUUUUCUUCCUCAACCGUUAUGUGAACAGUCUUUUAGGUUUCUUAAACAACUUCCAAGCAGCACUAAAUGCCAUCCAGGCUGCAUCAGCUGCGGCUGCUGAAGCUGCUAAGCAAAACAUCCAGCAAGUGUACGAAAACGCAACGAGAAUCGCCCUAGCUAUUGAAAUCAAAGCACCUAUCGUAAUUGUGCCUCGGAGCACAUCUACCAGAGAUGCAUUUAUGCUGGAUUUGGGUACCAUUGUGAUGAACAAUAAGUUCACAGAGCUGCAGAUUCCCAACGAAAGCAGGACGGUCUCAAUGGAUACUUUGACCUUAGGCCUUAGGCACUUGCAUGUCACUCGAGUGAUGUUGGAUAAUUCAAACAAGGCCGUCAGCCAGACACCUCUCAUCACACCUUUUGACUUCACAGUCCUUGUGAAGCGCAAUUUGUCCAUUGGAUGGUGCAAGCUGAAACCAGCAAUUGAUUUGGAAAGCCAACUAGAUGCAAUCAAGCUCGAUGUUCGUCAAGAAGAUGUGAAAUUGGGUAUGCUAGUUUUGAGUGAAAAUUUGGGAGACAUUGAGCAGGUCAUUGAGCCAAUCGAGCAAGUGACCGUUGAGUCUCUGCAAACUGAAGAAGAAUCUGUCCAAAAGCAUGCUCGACCUAAAACCCUUCGAACUAUUUCAACUGUCAGCAAGGUGUCUGAAAUCUCAGCUCCGGUAGCUGACAAUGUGUUCAAGAACGUGACAUUCAACUUUCUAAUGAAAAGCAUUGAAGUCAAUUUGCUGGUGCCUGCAACAACGCCUGCUGGAAACGAUGACAGACACGGACUGGCUCAUUUCAACAUCAGCAGCAUGAAAGUGCAGGGUGUAAUGUAUUCCAGCGGAGCCAUGAUUGUUGUCUUGCAACUUGACGACUGUGGAUUGAAGGAUAUGCGGCGUCUUAAAGCCAACUCUGAUAAUCGCAUAUCAGACCUUCUAAGUCUAAAAGGGACACGAGAGAAAAGUCCCAUGAUUCUUUUGAACUUCAACCAAUCAACAGCAAACACAACUUUGACAUGCAAAGUGUCGGGAUUUAAUUUGGUUCUCUGCUUGGACUAUUUGCUGAAGAUUUCGGACUUCUUUGUUUCUGCAUUGCCGCAAGGAAAUACCCCAAAAGUAGAACGAGCUAAGUCCGCCGGUUCCAAAAGUGCCUCCAGACCUUCUUCGGGUAACAAAAAAGAUAGCUUAACCUCAAAGGAGAACGUUUUUGAGCUAAAGGUGCUCCUGGAAAAGCCAGACAUUAUUUUGGUUGAGAGCAUGUCAGACAUAAACACGAGGGCCCUCAUAUUUAGCGUCGAAGGGGAUGGUCGAGUUAGAAUGACUCCUGAAAGACAAGCCAUCAACUUCAACAUCAAAAACAUUCAACUUUACUCUUGUAUUUUUAACCCCGAACGCAGAAAAGAGACCCUGAGCCAGGUGCUAAGACCGUGCACUCUGAGUGUUGCUGGAGGCUGCACCACUGGAGACCAACCUCAUAUUGAAGUCAUACUGUCGGAUGUGAGGCUGUCAGUGACUCCUGGAACUAUCAAUAUCCUCACAAAUACAAUGGCAGCUCUUGGGUCAGGCACGGAGGAAACAGGAGAAGAUGAAGAGAAAGUUCAACCAGAUUGGAGCCUUUUGUGGCGGCCUAAAACUUUUAAAGAAACGGAUCACUUGUUCUUGCUUGCCGAGGAGGGUCUUGAUGCCUUAUCUGUUUGUGAGGCUCUUGAUAAAGAGCAAGGGCCCGAAGGUGGAGAAAUCGUUGUGACCGCUGGAUCCUUUGUGAUCACCGUGGAGGCUGGCUUUGGAAUUAAGACGCUGCCCCUUAUUCUCUUGGAAAGUAGCAUGCAGGCCAGAGUGUCCAACUGGGCUAGAAACUUGCUGAUCACAGGCGGAGUCUCUCUGCAAAUGUCUUACUACAACAGUCGACUUGCUCUCUGGGAACCAUUGAUUGAGCCUCAUGUCAAAGGAGAAACAUUUAUUCCUUGGAAGCUAAAUUUUGAGCUGAAGAAAAAUGCAACUAGCUCUCCAUUCCUUUCCCCUCUUUCCGACGAAGUCGAUGCUGCGCCACCGCCGCCAGGGACCAGCAUAAUGAUCAGCUCUGAUAAUAAUUUGGAGAUCACAGUUUCCAAGUCUUGUUUGGAAGUCAUGACAAAUCUGAGCAAAGCUUUUCGCUUAGCUGUAAAAGAAGGACCGAAGGUUAAGGAGCUUGAAGGCUCACCAUACCAGAUCAUCAACCAAACAGGGAUCAGAGUUGUUCUGCUUUUAAAAGACACCAAUUUCAUUGUUGAUGACGGAAAUGGAAGUUGCUCUGGUGGAGUUGAGCAAGUGGUGCUGGAAAGUGGCGCCGAGUGUGGAUUGAUUCUCGGAGAACCAGCAACUCCUGCAAUCGACACAAGGAAGUCGAUUUUGAAUGAGCAGGUCCAUGAAAAGAUUCUACAGGUCAGGGUGCCUGAAAAAAAUUGCACUAUCAAAAUCCCAAUGGCCAGAGCGGAAAAGAGAUAUUUCUCAGUGGCAGCGAAACCUGAGAAGCAGGGAAUUGUUUCAGAGGUGACUGUGGACGGCAGCUGCAGAAUCGUUACUCUGAGGUCAAUCAUUCAAGUGCACAAUCAGUUCAGCUUGCCUGUUGACGUUUACUACAUGACAAAACGAGGGAAUGAAGUUGAAUGCGUUGGAGUUGUCCAGCCAGGACAAAAAUUAGACUUGCCCUUGCACGCAGUCUACACUUCCUUCUGUGAGCUGUUCUUCAGCCUGCCAGGGCACACUGUUUGCAUCACACCUUUUGUUUGGAAGGAGCUGCAGAACACAAUCACUGUCAACAAACUUCUGCAGUGCGACGCCAAGAACAAAGACGCCAAGGAGCCGUACUUCAUUAGGGCUCAGGGAGAAAUGGAGCAUGUGUAUUUUGAGGGAACGACCAUGAAGACAAUGCACAGCUGCAUUUUCAAUAUUACACUGAAGCCGACUGUGGUUCUGAAGAACCUUCUCCCUAUCUUCCUUGUCUAUGCUUCCGAGAAAGGGGGCAAGGAGCUGGAGGUGCAGCCAGGUGGAAGCAUCCAUUUGCCAACCGUGGAGCCUGGAAACGCACAGAUGUGCUUGAGGUUGGAUGAUUACCUAGAGAAGAACUGGUCGUGCAAGAGAGAAAUUGGUGCAACACCACCAGAGUUGUCCGUCUGGUCUUUUGACUCCUAUGACAGUCCUGCUAAAAUGUCUCUUGACAUGGGCAUGCACACAGUUAAUGUCAAUGGCACUCUCUACAUGUCUCUAUAUUCUCCGUUUUGGAUGAUCAACAAAACUGGCAAGCAGUUGUCCUACAGAAAAUCCCGAAAAACAGAGAAAAACGAGGCCUCGGGAAGUCCUCUGAAGAAAUGGUCGUCUGUUAUGUCCGUGUCCAGCAAGAACUGGGAACAAUCGGAAGACACUACCAAUGUCAUGUACCACCCACCUGACUUCGAGGGACCCAUUCUGUUUUCAUUCCGACCAAAGGUUUUCUUUGGGAAGAAGAAGGCCGCCAUUAGAGUGGAGGACAGCGAGUGGUCCAACAAAUUUUCACUUGACGUUGCUGGAAGCUCUGGCUCCGUCAGCUGCAAGUCAAUGAAUGACUCAUUCCAGAUUGGAGUGAGCAUCAAGCUUUCAAGCUCAAAUCUGACAAAACUGGUGACUUUCACUCCUUACUACAUGCUAGUCAACCACACCAGUUUCGUCAUCCAAUGCCAAGAAGGGGAUCGUCCAGCAGAUCCGUGGACUGACAUCGAACCAUCCAACUGCUCACCUUUUUGGCCCAGAGGCAUAGGCCAUCAUGACAACACUCUGAGGUUAAAAGUUAAAGGCACAAAUGAGACAACUUCACCAUUUUCCUUUUCUGAAAACAUCAAUGUGCUUCUGAAACUCCACAAUAAGUUUGGAGGAAUCAAUGUUGAUGUCCAAGUAUCUGAAGGAAACAUUUUUGUAAAUUUGAGUGCUUACGAACCGGGAUUGGCUCCUGCGCUGAUUGUUAACCACACUCAGCACACGGUCGAUUUCUGGGAAAAACGACAGAAUCCUACAAUCAAAAAAUUAGCACCAAUGGAGCAAGCCUUGUUUGCUUGGGAGGAGCCAAGAGGCCAAAGGAGUUUGGUGUGGAACGGACUCGGUGCAAACAACAAAAAAGAGGAGAUUGUGGACAUGCUUCGGAAAGACGGAGUUGGCAAGCUAUGGGUGUCUGCAAACAAUGACGAGGUGGUCUACUGGGUGUCCUUUUUGGAUGGAAUACAGAGGGUGCUGCUUUUCACUACCAACCCUGAAGUGGCCACUAACGCUCAAGCAGCCGCUGAGCUUGAGCCGAUCUCGGUAGAGCUAACCAUGUCUUUGCAAGGAAUUGGCCUCUCUUUGGUGUCUGAAUUGGAAAAGAAGAUCGUUGAGCUGCUCUACAUGCGCAUGGCCAGCUCUGGAAUAAUCUGGGAGUGCAAAAAACUAAAGAAGCGAAACUACGAGCGACUCAGUGAGGUAGACACAAACAUCUUGGAGUUGGCUUACCGACGCUACUCCCUCGGCCAGGGUGACCGAGUUGUCAAGUUGUCUGACGGUGCCGAGGCAGAUUUGUCUCUAAACCGAAUUGUCACUCCUUACGUUAAGGAGUUGAGGAGGACCCACAACCCUGGCAUUUGGUUCCAUCUGAAGAUCUCAACCCACCAGAGAAUGUUGCACGCCAAGCUCAACAAUCUGCAGAUUGACUGUCAAAUGCCAAACUGCAUGUUCCCGAACAUUUUGGCACCAGUCCCUCCUCCCAAGAGCAUUGCCGCUGAUAAUGCAAUGAGACCUUUUGUGGAGUUGAGUGUGGUGCAGCGCCUCCUUGAGCACAGUCCAGUGCAGCAGUUCAAGUACUUGCGAGUUCUGGUGCAGGAGUUCCACGUCAAACUGGAGCUUGACUUCUUAAAUGCUCUGGUUGGAAUGUUUUCCGCUGAAGAAACUUUGGACACUGAAGAUACUGAGAAGUUUUCCAUUGACACUCAGACGGUCCAUCAGCCUCUUUUAGCUUUGAUUGCGAUUCAAACAGCACAGGAGCAAAAGAACUUCUACGACGAGCUCCAUCUUUCACCUUUAAAGAUUCACAUCAGCUUUUCCAUGAGUGGUGGAGUAGGUAAACUCAGCGGAACGUCACAGCUGAACAUCAUUCAUGUUCUUUUGGAGAACGUUGGAGUUACACUGACAGACAUUCAGGAUGUGGUUUUCAAGCUUGGUUACUUUGAGAGACAGUCGUCAUUCUUAACACAGCGCCAGUUAAUAAGUGAGGCACAGUCUCAUUACACUCAACAGGCCAUCAAGCAGUUGUACGUUUUGGUGCUCGGGCUCGACGUCAUUGGAAAUCCUUUUGGACUUUUCUUGGGUUUGACCCAAGGCGUCGGCGACCUUUUCUACGAACCUUUCCAGGGAGCCAUCCAAGGGCCGGGAGAGUUUGCCGAAGGCUUGAAAAAUGGUGUGAGGAGUUUGUUUGGCCACACCUUGAGUGGAACAGCUGCCGCAAUGUCUAGAAUUACUGGCACUUUUGGCAAGACAUUGGCCAACUUGAGUAUGGAUGAAGAGUUCCAGAGACGAAGGCGUGAGCAGCAACAAAGUCGGCCAAAUACUUUGCACGAAGGGCUCGCUCACUCUGGAAAGGGUCUUGUCAAUAAUGUGAUGAGUGGAGUGACUGGAGUAAUCACAAAACCUGUGACUGGUGCCAGGGAUGAAGGUGUUGGAGGAUUUUUCAAGGGUCUCGGCGCCGGAAUGCUGGGUCUUGUCACACAGCCAACCGGAGGCGUGAUCGACUUUGCCAGCAACACACUGGAAUCGGUCAAAAGAGCUGCUGAUACUGCAGAGGAGCAGCGUCCUUUGCGUUUUUCAAGAUUUUUCCAGCAGGACGGGUUAAUCCGGCCUUACAAUGAGAUGGAGGCGUUCGGGAAUCAGCUUUUGCAUAUUGUGGAGAAAGGAAAGUUUGCCAAAACAGACAAUUACGUCUUCCACGCCCUCCUUGGCAACAGUGGAAAAGAAGCUCUCAUUUACACCGACAAUCGAGUGAUGUUUAUAUCAAAAAAUGACAUUUUCGGCCAGUGGCAGGUUGAUUGGAAUAAUCCAUGGUCAGAGCUCUCUGGACCUCCAAAAGAAGAUCCUGCCGGAAUAAUUUUCUACACUACUGAACCGCAGAAAAAGGUUUUGGGAUUUUUCCGUUCCAGCGAAAAUGGACGAACAGUCAUCGUUCAAGACGAACAACUUAAGAAGGAGUUGUACAGGUUGGCAAGGAAAAUCAUGAAUGACCGAAUCCCGCAGUCGCCAAGAUGAGUUUUGGACCCACCUACGCUUCUUCUGCUCUACUUCUAAACGCAAUACACUUUCCGCACAAGCGUUUGCUGCCUUGGCAUUGCUUCUCUUUUGCAACUUCUACUGCUGUGUGCAUUUGAAACUAUUUAACUUGCUGGGGCGCGCAGAGUGGAGAUUAAAUCAAAUGGGGCGGUGGAUCAGACAGAAGUUUAGGUGGUUGUUAAGGGUUUGAGUACUUUAGAGGAAAAAGAAAUUAAUUCUAAGAAAUGAUUCAAAUGAUUUUUUGAAGUUCCAUGUUGCUUAGUGACCGACCAUGUUUUGACUUGUUACGCACCCUUCAAGCAUUUUUCAUUGCCACAAAUUUACCUGGAACAUAUUCAAAUAAAUUAUACUAUGCAUUGAGUGAGUGUCUAUUUGUGCAAGUAAUUUUCACAAUUUUCAUUGGCCCUGUUGAUAUAUGUUAUUUUAUUGUAGCCAACAAUGGUAAUAAAAUAUAAAAAGCUAACUUAUCACA